CUUUGCAACCAAAUUUUUUAAAGGUUUGAUUUUGCGACAGCCUUCUCAUUCGUCCAAAGAGCCACAGAGCACCUACCACCACCGAACAGCCUCCGAUCAAUCAUCUUAACUUCUUCACCUGAAAUACACCUCAACACAUGACCUUCGCAACAUCAUCAAAAUAAAGACGAUAACGAUACUCUUACCUCUCUUAUCGAAAAGGUCUAUCUAUCAAGUCGAACAGUUGAGGCUCAGAAAGUUAAUUUCAUUCUUCACGUGUAUCAUUGUGAUUGAGAGUGAUUUUUUGCUUUUUAUUUUUUAUUUUUUAUUUUUUUAUUUAUUUAAAAGCGCAUCUAGUUUUCGAGAGUUUAUCCUUUUGAUAUUCUCUCUCAUCACAGCAAAGCAAAGCAAAGCAAAGCAAAAAAGGUUUAUAUCCUCCCUUCUCUUUCUUUCCCCCUUCCCCCUUCAUUUGUUUUCCCUAGAGUGAAGUGAAGUGAAGGGAAGAGCAUUAUCGCCGGGAUGGACCGGGUGGGUUUAUCAAACUAGGUACCCAGUAUCUAUCAUCCACCCAUCAUCAUCCUUUGUGCGCGCGCAUCGGAAUGGGAAGGACGAAAAGGAAAUUCACUUCAUUGGAUCGUUCCAUUCAUCCACCAACACAUUUGAAAAUCAAAAUUCAUGUCACAAAGUAUCACGCUUUAAAUCAACAUCAACUCAUCAAGUCGAUAAUCAACCAUUCUGUCCGUUUUAAAAAGCUUUAGAGUAAGAGUCAACGCUAAGAUUUGGUGUUCUUGAUAGUUUCGAUUUUUUGGAGGUCUCUUUCGCUAGUUGUACCUUUCUCACGAUUAAAUCGCGUCGCGCUUCGUUUCACUCGGUCAUAUCUCUCUUUCUUAUUUCGGGUUGAUAUCAUCUCGAAAAAGGAAAAAGGAAAAAGGAAAAAGGAAAAAGGAAAAAGGAAAAAGGGUGUACCUGAGUUAUAUUUUACGAUUCAAUUCACAGGUUUUUAUUUACACUGCCAUCCAUCAUCAAUCAAAUCAAAGGGAAGAGAGAGGCAGAGAAGAAACGAAACUCCGAGAUUUUCAAAGUCGCGUGUUCUUCAUCAAAACAAUAACGCAACACACCAUCCAAAGGCGAAAAAGCGGCGACUUGAACUUUCUAGCUUCCCACUAAAAACAACAUCUCGAUAUAAAACAGUACUUACACCAUCGAUCCCACCGCGCCUUUUCCAAGGGCGAACUCACUUUUUGUUCUUCUUUUUUGAGUGGCCAAUUCUAUCGGAUUGGAAAUCAACCUGUGAUUUCCCGACCUGCCAUCUCUCUCUAUUUGUUCACCUUUUUAUUAAGAGUGGCCAAAUAUUGAACCCAUCCUUGCUUUCGAAUACGUAAGGCUACAGCCCAGAAUCCUUUGUCGCAUAUCGAACGAGGCUGCGCCGAGGAUUAAAAAGAAAGGUAGGUCUAGGAACAUUCAUCUAUCCCGCCACCUUACCUUAUAUCUUCAUACAUUUAUUCUGUUAUGCUUGUACCGUGCAGUUCAGCUUUGAAGUCAUUGUUCUCUGCUUUUUAUUCACUGUAUUGAAGUCGCGUGCUCAAGCUUGCGCGCACAAUCUAGCUGACGUAUUCCGCAGUACUCUCACAGUUAAAGAAUCCCUCUUGUCGCAAAUAUUGGUUGCGACAAAACCUUCCAUUUUACAACUAAAACCCAGAACCAAGCAACUUCUCAAAACCAUCAAAUAUCUGAGAAACAAUCCAGCUCGACCUGGUCGCAUUGCUUUCAUCUCAAUUUCAUCAACUUCAGAUAUCAGCCUAGUGCUGCUAUCUUUUCAUCAAUUUUGUCACAAGCAGUACCUCUGUAAAUAGAGGAUCUCUGUUUGUUGAUGGCCGUCAUGACCACCCAGCAUUCAGAAGAUCUACCUUUGGAGCAAAAGACAAUACCCGUUCCAUCAUCUGAUACGAUGGCUUUGGAUCUCAAUAUCAACGGGUAAGUCUUCUCUACCAUAGUUUCCUUGCUCAUUUUCCUUUUUCCUCAUCUAUUUGUACACUUAUAUUUAUCAAUGAAAAAUUUACAGAUCUUCUACUCGAGAUGAAUUCAAAACUGAAGUACAACCAACAACCUCUAAUGCUGAAUUGAAAAAAUCUCCCGCCCCCGAAGUCACCACAUCCGAAUCUGCCGAAAUUACGUCUACAUCAGAAAUAAAUGGAGAUCUAAAUGCAGAAUCACAUGCUGUUAACGGUUCUGUACCUCCCUCGUCAUUAGUCGAAUCGCACGCGCAAGACUCUCCUGAGAGUCGAAACAUGUCUCAACUGCAAGACUCGAAUACAACAACUAUCACCGACGAGCCUUCGAAGUCAGUCGAGGAACCAGAACGCGCUGUAUCCGAUCUACCUACGCCAGCCGAUUCAAUGCCCGAAGUUGCAAAUGAUAGUUUCGCGCCUACAGCUGUUACACCUAUUGUCGAAGCCCCAGUAUCCGAUACUCGCGACGAAGUUUCCCCACUCACUCAGGUGCCUGAAGCUACACGCCAACUGUCUUUGCCAGCUUCAGAUAAAAAGGAAGAAUCAUUGACGGAACCAGAGGCUCCUGCACCAAAUCAAGAGACAAAGGCGGAAAGCGUUGAUGACAUGAAUCUCAAUUUUGAUGCGCCGCGAGCCGAUCUGCCUCCAUCGUCUCCCAACAAUGCGCCGCCAUCUAUUGAUAUGGACAUCUCUCCGAGAGCACAGCAUGCCACUUCAGAGCCUACCAUAGAAUCCGCGGCAACCAACUCUGCUUUUAAUGAUGUUGAUAUGACAGAUGCGCCUGCACAAACACAGGUCACAAAAGUUGCUCGCGAGCGAGAGGAUGACGGUGAAGAGGAACCAUCUGCAAAACGCACCAAGACUGAGGAAAGCGAGGAACCUAAAGUAUCUUCAAAUGUGGGAACUCCAGCUGCCACGCAGAACGGAGUGACUGCGAAUGGUGCUUCGUCUUCUAACGUCAAUCUGUCACGCCCGAUCACCCAGCAUGAGACGAAAGAAAUCAUCAAAAUCAUUAAGAAUGUCAUCAAGACUGCAGCAGGAAAGAACUUUAGAUCUCCCGUCGCAAUACUCUGGCCUGGAUUUGCCGAUUCCUAUGCGCAGAAGGUGAAAACUGAGGUCGAUUUAGGUACUAUGGAGAAGAAGGUCAAGACUGGCGAAUACCCUUCGAUCCAAGCCAUCGUGGAUGAUGCCAUACUCCUUUACGAAAACGCCGUUGCCUUCAAUGGGCUUGACAAUGCUAUUACAACCGCUGCCAAUGACGUGAAGACAUCAAUUAUCACUAAGCUGGGAAGUCUUCCACCAGAGCCACCGGCCCACGUGGCCAAGGCGCAGAUCAAGAAGCCUAAACGGCCUACGCCAUCUCUCGACACUGCUGCUCGUACUCCCGCUGCUAGAAGACUAUCUCGCGGAUCUACUGGUGCUGCUGUACCAAUCAGUGCUCCAGCCCCGACUUUUGCUUUAGAUCCAGUCACCAGUACACCAUUAAUUCGCCGCGACUCGACUAAAGACGGCAGGCCAAAGCGUGAAAUUCAUCCACCAAAGAACAAGGACUUGCCUUAUUCUUCGGCGAGACCCAAGAGCAAGAAAUAUUCCGUCGAGCUUAAAUGGUGCGAAGAGACACUGAAUGAGAUGAAGAAGUCGAAAUACUUGAUGUUCUCUAGUGCUUUCAUGACUCCCGUUGAUCCUGUCGCAUUGCAAAUCCCCAACUACUUUACCAUUAUCAAAUCGCCCAUGGACAUCUCGACUGUCUCCGAAAAGCUUCAAAAUGGUGCUUACACAAGGGCCAAGGAGUUUGAACAAGAUGUGAAGCUCAUUUUCCACAAUUGUUACAAGUUUAACCCCGAGGGAAAUCCUGUUCGUGUCAUGGGCCAACAGUUUGAGGAAUUAUUCAAUGGAUUAUUGGCCAAGAAAGACCGAUGGAUCGCUGAUCAUCAGCCUGUAGCUGUAACGCCCGAUAGAGAUGAAGAAACUGAGGAGGAUGAGGAGAGCGAAGAUGAGCCAGAGCCCGCCCAAGAAACACUACAAAGCGCCGCUACUGCCCGACUUCUUAUCGAGCAGUCCAAGCUUAUCGAUAUGCUGUCGAAACCGGAAUCCGCCGAUGCCAUUGCCUUGCAGAGAAAAAUCCUCAAUUUCAUUCAAGAAACCGCCGACAAAGAAAAAGAAAAGUUGGCGGCUAUUCCCAAAAAACCAAGCAAGAAAUCAAGACCCUCUAAACCCUUAAAAAAAGCUGUAACAACCAAGAAAAGCACUACUGGACCUUCGAAGAAGUCUGGGGGAGCUCGCAAAGAGAGAUACUUGGGCACUUUUGAGAAGGAAGUAAUUUCUGCAGGAAUUGGCCUUUUGCCUGACCACAUUACUGCAGACGUGAUGGAAAUGGUUAAAUCAGCUCAUCCAUCAAUGGUGGUAAGUAAAUUCUCAAUCUGUUUGACAAAUCUUCAAUCAGCUAACCUCUCCUUACCUAGAUUGAGGAAGACGGUACUUUAGAAAUGGAAAUUGACCAGCUCGAGCCACAUCUUCUCUGGAGGAUUUUUGAUGCCAUUCAUGAACAUGCUCCAGAAUGCGAGGCCAAUAUUAGAGCGACACAUCAAGACAAGAAGGAAGAGCCUCGUGCUCCUGCAAAACCUCCCCAGAAAAAGAAAAACAAGCCCAUGUCGAAGUUUGAGCAAGAACGAAACAUUGCACUGCUUAAAGAAAAGAUGCAAACCUACGAAAGAGGGCCGGGGUCAGCUUCUCAAGAGCCCAUUGAGAGCGUUGAGCGACAUACGCAAGAGGAAUCAAGUGGUGAUGAGUCUUCAGAUUCUGAAGAAGAGUAAUCUUACCUCCACUGAUCACCACUUGGCUGCGAACUCAGAAUCUCCUACUUCAUCGCCAGAUAUUUGGAUUCGCUACAAUCCUUAAGUAACAUCGCUUUCCCAACUUGUACAUUACCUUUCUUCCGCACAAUCACGAGCACGUUGUAUAAUAUCACACUUUCAAGAACUCGUCGACAGUUCAUUUGGUAUCAUGCCCCGACCCAUCGACUUACCGUCGAUGGGCCAGUCUCCAGAAUUUGGUAUUUGAGAUGGCUUCAAAAAUAAUGAGGGUCGACGGAUUGACAAUGUUCGGCAUAUGCUUUAUGGAUUUUUCAAAAUAUUUAUGACAUCAAGGAAGGGAAGGAAAUGCGAGAUGAUGAGGAGAGGUGGAGGACGAUAAUUGAGUUUUUCAUUUUUGUUUUACGCAUGCAGCUUGUACCGCUAUCGUGCGUGCUGAUACUGAAGCUUGAUUGAUCGAUUGAUCAUUUUGCACUUUUAUUUUGGUAUGAUGGCCGUGAUUCAGUUUCUUGCUUGCCCUGCGCGCAUUUAGCUGUUGUAGUGACCACAUGGUGGGGCCAGAAUGCGGGAUACGUAAUUGGAAGGGGACGACUGGUAUAAAGUGUAUGAUAUCAGCGAUGGGAGAAUAUACUUUCUUUGCUUGCGGGGCAAGCAAGAGCCAAGUAUUUGCGAAGAGUUGAGAAGAUGGUGGUUGAAGAAAAGGAGAAGAUCUAAUCAGAUGAAUGCUAGGAGAGGAGUGAAUGAAUAAAGGAUCAAGGCGAGUUAAGAGGAAAAUAAGUGAGGAGAAUGACUAAUGAUACAUAUCUAUUCACUUUACCUCGCUAUACUGCGGGUAGGAAGUGGGAGUAUAGGUAUUAUGAUGAAACUCAACCUCAUUAAAAAAUAAGACGAAAACGAAUGAAUGA